AUGGCUGACGAACAAUCCAUCCGGGCCUUUGGUCCAGCUCGUUCAACUGUCAAGGGCAAUCCGCUAAGCUCCUCCGAUAUUGCUCUGUACAACGACUACUUCAAGGCCAGCUGCUACUUGUCUUUGGGUAUGAUUUACCUCCGAGAUAACCCGCUGCUUCGCGAGCCUCUCAGCAAGGCACACUUGAAGCAGCGUCUUCUUGGCCACUUUGGUUCUGCUCCCGGUCAGAUUUUCACCUAUAUGCACUUCAAUCGUCUAAUCAAAAAGUACGACCUGAAUGCCUAUUUCGUAUCUGGCCCUGGCCAUGGCGCGCCUGCUGUGCUCUCACAGUCCUACUUGGAGGGCGUCUACUCAGAAGUCUACCCGGAGAAAUCCUUGGAUGCUGCAGGCCUCCAGAAGUUCUUCAAGUACUUUUCAUUCCCUGGUGGCAUUGGCUCUCACGCCACCCCUGAAACUCCUGGCUCCAUUCAUGAAGGUGGUGAAUUGGGCUAUUCCAUUUCCCAUGCGUUUGGCUCAGUUUUUGACCACCCAGACCUGAUUGCCUUGACCAUGGUUGGCGAUGGUGAAGCCGAGACUGGUCCUCUGGCAACUUCAUGGCACUCGACCAAGUUUCUAAAUCCCAUAACAGAUGGAGCUGUUUUGCCAGUCUUGCAUCUUAACGGGUACAAAAUCAACAAUCCCACCGUCCUUGCCCGUAUUUCCCACGAUGAGCUCAAGAAUCUGUUCAUUGGCUACGGCUGGGAGCCCUUCUUUGUUGAGGGCGACGAAUUGGACAGCAUGCACCAGGCCAUGGCCGCAACUCUCGAACACUGCGUCCGCCUGAUCAAAGACUACCAAAAAGAAGCCCGAGAGAGCGGGAAAGCUUUCCGUCCCAGAUGGCCAAUGAUUGUCUUGCGAACGCCCAAGGGAUGGACCGCGCCCCGAAAGGUCGAUAACAACUAUCUUGGAGGAUUCUGGAGAGCGCACCAAGUCCCCAUUACCGAUGUCAACACAAACUCUGAGCAUCUCAAGGUUCUCGAAAAUUGGAUGCGUAGCUACGAGCCGGACAGACUCUUCAACAAGGAAGGUGCACCAGUCGCUGCCUUGCGAGCUCUGUGCCCCGAGGGACAUCGCCGCAUGAGUGCCAACUUGGUGACUAACGGAGGUCUUAUUAAGAAGCCUCUCAAGAUGCCUGACUUCAGAGAUUAUGCCAUCAAGGUUGAUCAACCUGGCGCCACAAUGAACGGUAGCAUGACAAAUAUGGCCGGCUUCCUGAGAGACAUCAUGGCACUGAACAUGCACAACUUUAGACUAUUUGGUCCAGACGAAACGGAAUCGAAUAAGUUGGCUCGAGUUUACGAGGCGGGUAAGAAGGUUUGGAUGGGUGAGUACUUCGAGGAAGAUGCCAAUGGUGGCAACCUUGCCAUGGCUGGGCGUGUCAUGGAGAUGCUCUCCGAACAUACUUGCGAAGGGUGGCUCGAAGGGUAUAUUUUGAGUGGUCGCCAUGGUCUUUUGAACAGCUACGAGCCGUUUAUUCAUGUCAUUGACUCCAUGGUCAAUCAGCACUGCAAGUGGAUUGAAAAGUGUCUGGAGGUGGAAUGGCGAGCCAAGGUUGCUUCGCUCAAUAUCCUUCUGACCGCUCUUGUUUGGAGACAGGAUCACAAUGGCUUCACCCAUCAGGACCCAGGUUUCCUCGACGUUAUUGCCAAUAAAAGCCCCGAGGUUGUUCGCAUCUACCUGCCUCCUGAUGGCAACUGUCUCUUGUCUGUCAUGGAUCACUGUUUCCGAUCGAAUAACUAUGUCAACGUUAUUGUUGCCGACAAGCAAGAUCACCUGCAAUACCUAGACAUGGAGAAUGCCAUUCAGCACUGCACUAAAGGAAUUGGCAUCUGGACAAAGUUUAGUACUGACUCAGGUUGUGAGCCCGAUCUGAUAAUGGCUUCCUGUGGCGACAUUAGCACUCAAGAGUCCAUUGCCGCUGUCGAUCUUCUGCUCAACUACUUUCCCGAUCUCAAAAUCCGCGUCGUCAACUGUGUCGACUUAUUCAAGCUAAUCCACCCGACUGAUCACCCGCAUGGUCUCACAGACAAAGAAUGGAUCAGCAUCUUUACUGAAAACACCCCCAUCAUCUUCAACUUCCACAGCUACCCCUGGAUGGUGCACCGUCUCACCUACAAGCGACCCGGCAGCAAGAAUCUGCACGUCCGAGGAUACCGUGAGAAAGGCAACAUCGACACACCACUAGAAUUGGCUAUUCGCAAUCAGACUGAUCGUUUCAGCCUCGCUAUCGAUGCUAUUGACCGUAUGAAGUUGCUGGGUAACCGCGGUGCUUCGGCUCGACAAGCACUGCUGGACCAGCAGAUUGCUGCCCGUAACGAGGCCUUUGAGAUAGGUAUGGAUCCGCCGGCAUUGUCAGAGUGGACAUGGCAGCGGAAUGGACUUUGGCAGAAAGCUGCUGAAAAACUGACCAUUCAUACGAAAUAA